AUGCCACCAAAUACUUUGAAGGAUAUCAAAAAUCCCCCCUUCAUGCGCCUCCCUCCAGAACUCCGUCUAAAAAUCUACAAAUACGCCCUAACAACACCAAACACCUACAUAAACAAACCCCUAAUAAUAAUCCACGACCGCCAUGUCUUCACCUCCCGCCCCCGCUACAAAGCCCUAUCAAUCUGUCCAACCUGGCAAGGCGAAGACGGCACAGCCCGCAGCCUCUUCUCCGUAAACCGCAAAAUCCACUCCGAAGCAGAAGACACCCUCUACACAACCCACACCCUCUUCUUCCGCAACUCCUUCGAUCUAGACCGCAUCGGCGAUUUUCUCGACACGCUUAGCAUGACGGCUAGAUCUCAGAUCCGGAGUGUGGGCUUUGAGGUUUAUUUCUUUGUGCAUGGGGAUUGUGACGAUGGCGGUACUUGUGCGAGGAAGCGGAGAUUGAAGGAGUAUGGACGGGCGAGAGAGGUUUUGGAGGGUCGCUUACCGGGUUGGAGGGAGGUACUUUUUUAUUUGGAUCCCAGGCAUUAUUAUCCUGUUUCUUGUGCUGGGGGGAGGGAACUUGCUGCGAGGGGAGUUUUGGAGCUUGCGAAGAUGUUUGGGGAUGGGGGGGAGUUGGAUGUUACUUUUUAUCCGUUGCCUGAUGGUCAGCAGCGGCUUGUUGAGGAGCAGGAGGGUAUUUGGAGGAGUAGCUCGCCGGAGCGGCGCGGGCUGUCACUGGAGAGGGAUGUCUCUGGUUCUCAUUCUGGUUCAGGAUCUGGGGCGUUGUUGCAUAAAAUGGGCGAUGCGAGAUAUUAUCCAGUUGCGCUGAUGGGCUGA